AUGUUCUCGUCUCCUCUUACUUCACUUCCUUUUAUCUUCGCUAUUCUUGGGGCUUCCAUCGCUGCACCUGCUACCCAUACCGCCAAUGUCGCUCGUGGGGUUGAAUCUAGUAGCGAUAUUUGCUUAGUUAGCAAGCCGAUACGGUGUCUUCCUAGUCGUGGGCUUCGAAAUCUUGAAGCGGGAACAGCCGUCAACAAUCUAGCUUAUGGAAGAGUCCCCAUGGAGGGCUUCAAUAUUGAAGCUGGAACAUGCAUCCACCACAUUACCGGUUAUACAUGUGCUCAAGUCUGCAAUUAUACCCCUGAAGAUAGGAUUGUUUCCCAAAAGGAGGUCUUCCUCGCGCUAGAGAAUCUCAGGAUGGAUUGUGGUGCCGACCAUUUCUCCGGGGGGCAUGUUUUUGACAAUCUAUCUGCAUAUAUCUACGGUAUUGGCGGUGCGGAUGAUGUUGAUCCUGGAACUGCUGAGAAGGACGUUUUUACCGGUGAAAUCAACACGGUUAAACGUGCAGUGGUGACAGAUUCCAAGUUCAAAAAUGGAGUUCUUAGCAUCACUGUUGACCAAUCUCCCAAAUCUCGCGCUGAGGUCGAAGCUUUAGUAAACGACAUGCUUCUGAUGCAUAAAAGGUCCGAAAAUGCGACUAACGACCUGGAAGAUCGGAAUUUUGAUCCUUGUGAUCACGAUAACGGGUUUACGGGUGAAUCAAUCUGGGGGUGUAACAAAAGACCCCUCAAUAAGGACGGCAGCUGCGAUUUUAGAUACAAGAACAACAACCGCGACUGCGCUGCAUGGUGUGAAGUCCGUCGUAGAUACUUCCACGGCUCGGAAAGACCAUACAGCGUCGGAACAAUAAACAGAGGCCCCGGUGCACCCAUGGUGACUUUAACAAAAGGCACAUCGACGAGCUGGGGUGUUUCGUAUGGGCUUAAUCUUGGAUUAGCGGACCCGCUUAGUAUAUUCAGCGGUGGGCUUGGCUUUUCAAUGGAGGAGUCAUAUACUCACUCGUUGGAUGAAGCAUUUGCGCCACAGUAUAGCGAGAUGGGUGACUGGUGUGGUUAUUGGACGCUGAUUCCUAAAAUGGUAGAGAGCUGUGGAUCGAUGACUAAAUGGCAUACUACGACUUUGGUGGGGCCGAACGGAGCUACAUCACCAAUGUGCGACACUUCCCGGCCGAGCAGAACCUUUGGAAACCAGUGUAUCACUUACCCUUAUAGGAAGGAUAGAAACCGGGUUGAUGGGAAUACUGUUGUUGUCCUUGUUGACUGCAAGAGGACCAAUAUACUGGCUCCUAUGAGGCGUCAAAACCAGUAUUACCGAAAGCCUGGUGUCGCGGAUACACAGUCUGGAAGACUGAAGAAAGCGCCAGGCGAUAAGAAAUAA